UUGGUUGGGAUUCCCAUGAAAAUAGAUACAGACACGCUGAGUUUGAGGAACUUCCACAGUAAGACUACGGGAAGCUGACUUCGAAAGGAGACUUACACCGUGAGUACCACAGUUAAUGACUAAUAAACAAUAUAAGCAUAAAGUGAGCAAGAUGAGUGAGGGAGCAGAGCUGCUGCUGCAGCUGAAACACAGAGCUGGCUGCUGUAUAGACGAAGCCGAAGCAAAGCUCCACAGCCUCAGUAAGGACAUAUGGAGCUGUCCGGAGCUGGCUUAUGAGGAAAGCAAGUCUCAUGACAGACUGGUAGCGUUUUUCAGUCAGGAAGAAGGCUGGAAGGUGGACGCUCACUUCAAACUGCACACUGCAUUUCGAGCCACUUGGAGAAGUGGAGGCAGCGGGCGGGGCGACGUGGUCAACGUGGGUUUCCUGUGUGAGUACGACGCCCUGCCUGGUAUUGGACACGCGUGUGGACACAACAUGAUAGCUGAGGUUGGAGCUGCUGCGGCUCUGGGGCUCAAAGCUGUGCUGGAAAACACGCACAGUGAGCUUCCUGUGCAGGUGCAGGUGACGGUGCUGGGAACACCAGCCGAGGAAGAUGGUGGAGGUAAAAUUGACAUGAUAAGGGAGGGAGCAUUUGAGGGCCUGGAUGUGGUGUUUAUGGCUCACCCAUCACAGAAGGAUGCCAUAUACCUGCGCCGUGUGGCUGUGCAAGAUGUAACUAUAAAGUAUCGAGGUAAGGCGUCUCAUGCCUCAGCCUACCCCUGGGAGGGAAUCAAUGCGUUGGAUGCAGCGGUGCUGUGCUACAACAACCUGUCUGUGCUCAGACAGCAGAUGAAGCCAGACUGGAGAGUUCAUGGUAUCAUAAAGCAUGGUGGAGAGAAACCAAACAUCAUCCCUGCCUACACUGAGCUGGAGUACUACCUGAGAACCCCCUCACGUGCUGAGCUUUCUGUCCUGAAGGCAAAAGCUGAGAUGUGUUUUAGAUCAGCUGCUGUGGCCACCGGCUGUGAUGUUGAAGUAGAGUUUGCAAGAAAUACAUAUGACAACAUACUGCGUAAUGCUACACUGGAGGAUCUGUGUGAGAAAAACGGCACAGCUCUGGGAAUGGACUUCACUGUGGAUGAAGAUGCUCUUAAGAAUAUAGCUGGCUCCACAGACUUUGGUAAUGUGUCAUAUGUAGUUCCAGGCAUCCAUCCAAGCUUUUACAUUGGCUCUAAUGCUUUGAACCACACAGAGGAAUACACUGUUGCUGCUGGUGAUGACAGAGCUCAGUUCUACACCCUGAGGACUGCCAAGGCUCUGGCCAUGACGGCCCUGGAUGUGCUGCUGCGUCCAGAGCUGCUGCAGAGGGUGAAGCAGGAGUUCACUGAGGCCGCACUGAAGGAGGACAGGACGCUGAAGGGGGAGCACACAGAGCAGUCUGCAAAACACUGAUGAUGCAGGCUGACCAUCUCUGAGCUCCCUGCUCACUGACUGCACAGCAGGCUCAGAGAAACUUGUACUUGUUGUUACAUGCAGCGUCCAGGAACAAAGAAUAAUCUGCUGCCUUUGAGCUCUUUUCUUACCAAAUAAAAUUAAUCCAAAGCAAAGAAAUAUUUACAGAGUGGUAGUUGAUUUGUUUUAAUAUUGAACAUAUAUUUGAUUGUGAGGUAUAGUGGAAGCAUAUGGAGGACUCAAAA